UCUAUACUGAUGUCACUGUUUCAGGAAACAAACUGGAAGUUUCCUCUCUGGAAGCUUCACAAGCAUGAAAUAUCAGUUACUGUGAAACGUGAUACCUAUCUGUGCUUCUGUGGCACUUUUCAACGGAGAAUUUAACAACUGAAAGAACCGUGGCUGCUUUUUGUGACUGUCCUGGGAAGUGUGUGAAUGAAUAUUAGCCUUCUGCAGCUGGGAGCCUGCAGUACUGGGGAACGAUGUAGCCAGAUGUUGUCCAUGUCAGGAGGAUGUCUGAGUAAGUCUGCCUUUCACCCUGUUUGUGUAAGAACUGAUUGGGCCCCCACGUGUCUUCACAAGGCACCAUCAUUCAGGCCUUCAGUGUUUCCAUUACUCUACUUUUCCAACAGUCAGUUUGUUACCAUCUCCCUGUCCCCUAAUAUAGUUAGACACUGCACUGAACACUGCUCCUAAAAUUUGGAUUUAGGGCUAGUUCCUGUAAGGGAAGUCUGGAAGGCAAAACAAGAGGAAUCUUCCUCGGGGACUGAUGUGAGGAAAUGAUGCUUGUUACAGUACUUUGCUCAGUACCUCUGAGUGCCCUGUUACAACCACCAGUGGGCUGGAGAGCAGCAAGAUUCAUGCACAACUCCUCCCACUCCUCCUCCCUCCCCAGAGAGGCUGUCCUUACUUUUUUUUAUUCCCCCCUCCUCCCCCCCACCAUAUUUAUAACUCUUACUCUAGCUUGCCUUGCAACAGAAGACAUCCCAGGAAGCACAAAGAAAGACCUCAGUAGCAUGAUAGCUCAAGGCAUCUCGGGGCUCAUGCGACCCUUGUUAAGUGGACUGAAAGUGAGUAAAACUCACUUUGUUUAUUUCUGUGAGGUGACUGGGCAGAAUUGCUUACGAUCAAAGCAGACGUCAAGAAGAGGCUUCAGCUCCACAUGCAAGCUCCGGUGUUCUCCUGGGGAAUCGAGCUCGGCAGAUUCAGUGACAGUGCAUUUUAUAAAUCGGGAUGGAGAGCGACUCACAACCACGGCCAAAGAAGGGGAGAGUCUGCUGGAAGUGGUAGUCAACCAAAACUUGGCCAUUGAUGGAUUUGGUGCAUGUGAAGGGACAUUAGCUUGCUCCACCUGCCACCUCAUCUUUGAGAAAGAUGCCUUUCAAAAGCUGGAUGCCAUCUCAGAUGAAGAGAUGGACAUGUUGGACUUGGCAUAUGGACUCACAGAGACAUCUCGCCUUGGAUGCCAGGUGCGCAUUAAGAAGUUGAUGGAUGGUCUGACAGUGCAGGUCCCUGUGGAAGUAUCAGAUAUUAGGAGUCAGCUGGAGGUUGGAAAGCAAAGCAAGCAGUAACCAGAAACAGUUCCUUCACAACCUGCCUCCUUAGGUGUGGAGGGACACUUUGCUUUAUGUUAACACCAGUACUCUGCAGCUGGUUUACGGUAGACAAUAGAAGUCUGGUUUAGUAUAUAUGACUGUUCAGCAAAUCUCUUAUUUAAACAAAGCUUAAUGCUAGGAUUUUCAACAUAAGUUUUAAAUAAGUGCUUAAGUGCUCUCAUGAGCACAACUGGAUGAAAACAUGUGGCUUUACAAUUCCCUGGUAGCAGUAAACAUUUGUACUAUGUGUAACUCAUCUCCUUUUAAAUUUAAGUAUUCCACUAUUCUAUGUAGCUACUGGGAAUUCUGUGAUAUUCUGUUACUUAACUGCAGAGCAGCUUUUUCCCAAUUUGGGAAGCUUGAGAAGAGAUAGCUGUUCCAAAAGCAAGACUGUGCUACUUGGCUUAAUGACAUCGACAAUCUUAGUCUGCUUAGCAGGAGCAUUUGAAUGCAUGUCACUGAAUUGUUAUGUGCCAUGAUAUGCUAAUUUCUCUAAAUAACACAUUUUCUCAUUAAUGUAUUGCAGCGUACAUAAAAUAAAAUCCUAAUAAUCAG